UCACACAUGGAUUCGAAAGUGGGAUGCGUGUAGUUUGAUUUAAAGGUGCCUUAUGCAGAAUUUUCCAUUUAAAAUGUCCGAUAAUAACCCUUAUAUACCUUACAUAUUACUACCUUGCGUGACAGUUUGUAUUGAACCUGAACGCAACCGUGUAAAUCAGGAAACGGAAAGUUAUCCCGCUGUAACGCCCUUCUGAUGCUAAACCCAUUGGACCUGUAUAUAGCCAGUCACUCGGUCAACAAAUUAUUAUACUUCUUAAGAUGUCGCCAUGCCUCAGGUUAUUAAUUAAUUAUAAACAAAUAUAGGCUAUACCUCAAUUUCAGAAGAACAAUGCAAGAAGAGCCUGACACUGCUUGCAUGUCGCUGUCUGAAAUUGAAGGACCCCUGGUCCUGGACCUGAGCUGCCCCAUCUGCCUGCAGCUCUUCUCUGACCCGGUGUCCCUGCCCUGUGGCCACCUCUAUUGCUCGGCCUGCCUAAGGAAGUACAUGGGCACUGACACGACCCGCUGCUGCUGCCCUGAAUGCCAGGCAGAGUACCAAGGUCCCCAAGCUCUCUUGAAGAACUUUAAGAUGUGCAGCAUCAUCCAGAGUUACAAAGCUACCACGGCAGGAAACGGCAGCUCCUCCACAGAAGGAGAUGGUGUUCACGGCCAACAGGGGGUGGGGCCGGCUGACCACAGCGACAACGUGACCUCUGGGCUCCCGUUAGACAGAGAGGAGCAGGAGCCGCCACAAACAGGUUUAAUAGAUACCCCUGUAGAGCCCCUGGUUUCUCAGAAGAAAGAACUGGUGGACGCCAAGACCAGGGAGGAGACGGCCAAGACCAGGGAGGAGACGGCCAAGACCAGGGAGGAGACGGCCAAGACCAGGGAGGAGACGGCGAUAAUGGAGAAGUCCAAACUCCUGUUAGGGUCUCAGGUAUCCGAGUUGAAGGCGAGGCUGCAGGUGGCCGACGACCAGCUGCAGAGAGAGGAGGAGAGGGAGUCUGAGGUCAGGGCAGAAAACGCCCUUCUGAGAGGCAAGGCCUCCAGGCUGCUGGAGCAGAUGACGGAGCUGACCAUCAACUAUGUCACUGGGAUGAGAGAGCUGAUCGAGGCAGAACUGCGUCCCGGUGAGGAGAGCCUAAGCAGCCGCGUACGCCAAGCCUCUGAGGUCCGAGAGAGGUUAAAGGAAGCCCAACUCCAAGCCGAAUCUCUCCUGACCGAGCGAGACAGUGGGCUCUUCAGUCAAAAGCUUCGGCAGGUUCAACCGUGCAUCCGCGAGCUGAUCGACCGGCAGCCUCUAGACGAGCUGGAUGACAAAACCGGACUGGAGCCUAAAGGCAACUCGGGCCGCGUGUGCGACGAGCUGGAGCGGAGGACCGCCGAGCUGAGCGAGGGACUCGGGGCAGCCCAGCGUUCUCUACGUAACGUCCUCAACCCGUCGGAGGUGACCUUUGACGUGGACACAGCCCACCCCUGCUUGGCACUUUCAGAUAACCUGAAGACGGUGACCUUUAGCCCCAAAAAGUUGCCCUACCCGGAUCUGCCCACAAGGUUCAGCAGCUUCCUUCAGGUGCUGAGCACCCAGAGUUUCUUCAGAGGCGAGCAUCGCUGGGAGGUGGACCUGGAUGGAUGUUCUCCCUGGAUCAUUGGGGUGUGUUACAGCAGGGCUCUAGCACGCAGUGGGCUAGCGAGCGCCCUUGAGAGCAGCCGGUCUUCCUGGUGCCUGAUGUGGUUCGAUAACCUGCUCAGUUCCUUUGAGCAGGGCCACGCCGUCCCCCUGAAGAGAACUCCGUUGGUACGCAGACUGGAGAUCACACUGAACUUCAGAACUCAGAGGCUCAGUUUCUACAACAUCAGUCAGUGCAGUGGGAAGACACAUGUGUACACCUUUAAGGCAAACCUCACAGAGCCAGUGCAUCUGGCUUAUAGGAUGAUGUCCGGCCAACCAAAGGCCCGCAUAACAGUAUGCUCUUGAACUGUUGCUGGGCUCCAGGCUGCAAACAUUUCAAAUUGCAAUUUUGUGACUUUGACCUGGGUGUGUCUGUUUACUUUUAGAUGGUUUGCCAAGAUGCAAUCUGGGCAUUCUACCUUGUCGGUGCUUGAAUGCUGGCUGUUAAAGAGUAGGUAGCCAUGUCUCAAAUAAGGUAUUUCAGUCAGUCAUAUUUCAGUUCAUGGUUUUUAGAAAAGGCUCACUGAACAUGUUUUUUCCCUCAAAGAUGUCUCUCAUCAGUUAGCUAUGAAGAAUGUGUGUAAAGGAAAAUUUAGGAACUGAAUCAAUUCCUGUUUUGAAUUUACUAAAAAGUAAAAGGGAUGAUCUUGAUGACGCCUGCACUAAAAGUGUCUGCUCUGCCACAUUUCAGCUGCUAUAAUGAGUGAGCCUCUCACCCUCUGAAACAUGUCCCAAGUCCUGCAGCUGCUUCCUUUAGUGUGUGAUUUGCUGUCUGAAAAACAGUAGUUGGCUUUAUGAUUAAAACGCCAGCAUUACCUUAACAAAAUGCCUUAUUGUUACUAAGCUUGCAAACAAGACCAAUUAUUAUAUUAUAAUAAAACCUGUGGUAUAACACACAA